AUGGGAAUUAUAAGGAGGUGUUUCAAUGCCACCGUAGGAGCGGUCUCAAACUCAAAGGAAGUUCGUAUUUCAGCUGAAGAGGAACUAGAAGAACUAGGUAGCAGCAGUUUUAGUUACGCCAGGAGUUAUCAGACUACAGAAUAUGGCAGGAAGGUGGAAUUUUAUCGACCUUUAUUAGCUGCUGCAAUGAGUGGUAUGUGGGAAAAUGCGGAAGAUUUCGUAAACAAAAACCCCGGUUCUGUUGAAGUUGCGAUCACAGUAUGUGGAAGGACUGCAUUGCAUAUUGCAGCUGGUGCAGCACACUCAGAAUUCGUAUUACAUCUAAUCAAAAUGAUGUCCAUAGAAGCACUUGAGUUGAAAGACAGUUAUGAUGGUAAUACAGCUCUUCAUCUUGCUGUUAUUGCUGGACUGGAUGAAGCUGUCAAAGCAAUGGUGAAAAAACACAGACUCUUAACACGUAAGUGUAAUAGAAAGGGGUUGAAUCCGCUACUCAAUGCUGCCAUCCAUGUCAAUAAAAAGCAUAAAGAAAUUAUUAGAUUCCUCUGUGGUGUUAUGAAAGAUGAACCCAAGUCCUUUGAAGGUCAUUCCGGAGCUCAACUCAUAUGCAGCAUAACUCAUGCCGGUUUAUACGAUUUGGCAACUACUCUAAUCCGUGAACACCCAAGUUUAGCAACUGCCCGUGAGGAAGAUGGCAACAGUACUGCGCUAUAUGCUAUCGCAGAAAAGGAUCUUUCGAUCCCAAUCGCCUACGAGGAAUCAAUACUGUCACUCCUAACAUAUCAUCGCCUUUGCGAAAUCAGUGAGAAGCCAUCUAUAUUUCUCAAAGUGCUAUUUUGCUUCGACUGCAGAUCUAAAGAUGAGGAUAUUUUAACUACUCGGAUAAUUGAAUCAAACGGCGGUAAUAUCUUACAUGUUGCUGCAAAAAUUGCACCUCCUUCUCGGCUAAAUAUUUAUUCUAGCCCUGUUGCUCAAAUGCAAAGUGAGAUUAUUUGGUUUAAGAAAGUGAAGAAGAGGGUACCACGAGGUUUACGAAAUAUGAGAAAUAAGGAUGGUGAAACUCCUGAAGAGGUUUUCACUCGGGAGCACAAAGAUUUAAUGAAAAAAGCCGAGGCAUACAUGAUACGUACAGCCGAAUCAUGUCUGGUAGUGGCAGCUCUGGUAGCUACGGUUGCAUUUGCGGCAGCAAUUACACUACCUGGUGGAACUUUCAGUGACGGUACUGAUACAACUGAGAAAGGAAAGCCUGUACUCUUGCGAAAGCAGUCAUUCCUUGUAUUCAUGGUGGCAGAUGCUCUGGCUCUCUUUUCUUCAACCACAGCAAUUCUUCUGUUCUUAUCUAUCUAUAUUGGGAAUCAUAAUGAAGGUAAUUUUGAGCUAAUAUUGCCAAGAACAUUGAAGAGAGGUCUUGGAAGUCUCAUCCUAUCGGUAUUGAGUGUGGUGACUGCAUUUAGCAUGGCAAUUUCAAUCAUACUUAAGGAUAAAUAUAUAUGGGCUCCAUAUCUGAUAUUUGCGGUUGCCGCUUUUACUUUUUACAUAUCUCUGAAUCGUCCGUUCAAAUUGAUUUUCGAAUUGGACGACAUCGAGAAACCACUCUAUUGGACGACAUCAAGAGAUCACCAACCUGAUGUACCACUUCCUUUGCAAAAUGUCUGA